GAAAAGGCGGAAGUUGAAAGUUCAUACACGUCAUGGCCAAGAUGGCGGCCUCCAUGGUAGAGAGUGGAGAAGAUGCUUUUAGAAAAAUAUUUAAGUUCUAUAAGAGAAGAGAACCUCCGCCGGAUUUCAGGGAUGUAACCGACUUCUGCAGCGGGACACCGGGAGACAAGGUAGUUCCAGCUAAGCUGCAUCCUGCUGCCGUGAGCGAUGAGGAGGCCGCUCGGGUCGGACUGAAGCCCGUCAGAGAGUGGAGAGCCUUCGGCCUGCAGGACUGUCCAGGGUUCAUCUUCAUCUCCAAUCCGUUCCUUCGAGGUUCCCAGGCCUUUUGGAUCAGGCAGUGUUUGAAGACCUACCCUCAGAAACCGAACAUCUGUAACCUGGACAUGCACAUGUCUCCCUCCGACACCCAGGACAUCUGGGGCAAGAGCGCUCACGUCCUCAGCUGUCCUCCUGGAAAGAGACCAGAAAAAACUCUGCUGGAGAAGCUGCGCUGGGUCACUCUGGGUUACCACUACAACUGGAGCACCAAGACGUACUCCGCCGACAGCUUCACGCCGUUCCCGGCCGACCUCCACGCGUUGUCCGUCCAGGUAACGGCCGCCUGCGGGUUCCCGGGCUUCCGCUCCGAAGCCGCCAUCCUGAACUUCUACCGCCCCGACUCGUCUCUGGGAAUCCACGUGGACGAGUCGGAGCUGGACCACACUCGUCCUCUGCUGUCCUUCAGCUUUGGACACUCGGCCGUCUUCCUCCUGGGGGGCACCCGCAGACAGGACCCCCCCACCGCCAUGUUCAUGCAUAGCGGGGACAUCAUGGUGAUGUCGGGCCAGAGCCGCCUCCUCUACCACGCUGUCCCGCGCAUCCUCCCGGCGCCUCCGGAGCGAGCAGCAUCUCUAGAGGAUCCGAGUCCGGCGCCCCCCCUGCCCCAGGGCGGCGUCCUGGAGCCGGUGUCGGACCAAGACUGGGCGGUGAUUUCCAGGUACAUCCGGAGCUCCAGGGUCAACGUGACCGUCAGGCAGGUGCUGGGGCCGGGCCAGAGCCUCCCGGAGACCAGGGUCAGGUACCACCACGGAGCGUCAGACGGAGACGGGAGGAAGAGGAGGAGGAGCAGCGAUGAAGAGACCUGCUGAUGGUUUCUACCGACGUCUUCCUCUGCAGAGCUGCCAUGUACCUCCUCACAAUGAGAAAACCAGCAGCUUCCAGGCUGAAAUCAGGACUCGGAGAGAAGCAGACGUUUGUUUGUUUGUUUGUUUGUUUGUUUCAUCCUUUCAUCUGAAUUCUGGGUUUUAACGUUACAUGUGUUUACAUCCGUGAUGGAUUCCUGGACGGAGUCUCGGUAGAAAACCUUCAUGUCAGGAUGAAACGUAGAAACUUGACUCUCAUGUGGAAUUCAUGUUUUCUCACCUGUGAACCACAUGAAAAACUUUUCUCGCGUGUAGUUCGCCUUCUUUUCACGUGUUCAGUUCACGUGAUUCUCAUGUGAAACGUGGUUCAUGUGUGGAUUUCUCCUGUAAGGCUGUAGAGGAGCAGCGGAUGCAGCGUGAAUGUGUUGUUGUUUACGAGGUUAAAACAAAUAAAAAGAGAUGAUUCAAACUGAGCAGAUUUCCAGUCAGAUCCAACAUCUGGGAAUCAUCUGGACUUUAAUGUGGGAAUCAUCUGGACUUUAAUGUGG